GUAAUGGGCUUAAGUUAAGACAUGUAUAGGGAAUUAUGAGUUUAAUUUUGUAUAGUUGGUGGUUAUGAUAACGAUAUUUAAAUAAUGUGCCUAUGUGCCUAUUAUGAUUACACAUAUUGUAUAAUAUAUAUGUAUUAUACAUUUUUAUUUACAAGUACAAUAUCAAAAAUAAUUGGAAAAUUUAUUAAUCAAUUGUUAUCAUUUUUUUUAUGUAUUAUUUAUAUUUAAUUAGUAAAAGUAGAAAAAGUUUACCGUGCUUGCAUAUUUUAAUAACGUUUUAAAGUACCAGAGGAUCUUAAUGAAUGAAUCUUAAUUUGAUUCUUAAUGAAUAAAAUUUUAAUCAAAAAAUAUAAUUAAAUUAAAGUUUAGCUUAAAUUGUUAGCUCCUUAUAAUUGCGAUUAUGACAGAAUUUAUUUCAGUUCCUUUAAAAAAGCCUUCUGAUGUUGACAUAACAAAACCUUUGCAUAAUGUUAUUAAAUCAACUUAUUCCACUGCAUCAAACCAAAAAGAUUAUUUAGAAUGUAUUAUAGACUUAGGCAAAUUGCGUAAAAAUGCAUUAUGGAGAGCUUUUGAAAAAUAUGAAAGCUCAUUAGAAGUCAUUUACAGAUAUUAUGAUCAAAUUUGUGUGCUUGAAAGUAAAAUUCCAGCUAAUGAAGUUCAAAUUCCGUUCAAAUGGAAAGAUGCUUUUGAUCGUUCUAUUUUUGGCGGAAAAUUAAGUUUAACAAUAAGCAGCUUAGCUUAUGAAAAAGUUUGCGUCCUGUUUAAUAUUGCGGCUCUUCAAAGUUCAGUCGCAUCAACUCAAUCACUAGAAAGUGACGAAGGAUUAAAAACGGCAGCAAAAUUAUUUCAGCAAUCAGCAGGGAUCUUUAAUUACUUGAAAGGCAAUAUAAUGCUAGCUAUUCAGCAAGAACCUACACCGGAUAUGAGUCCAGAAACCCUAGAAGCUUUAUCGCUUAUGAUGUUAGCACAAGCUCAAGAAAUAUUUACCCAUAAAGCGAUCCAUGAUAAAAUGAAGGAUAAUAUUAUAGCAAAAUUAGCAGCUCAGACCGAGGAAUUAUUUUCGGAAACAUUUAAAUUAUUUCAAAAAGAAAUUUUUCGAGCAUUUUGGGAUAAGGAGUGGAUACCUUUAAUAACGGGAAAACAACUUGGAUAUCGGGGAAUGUCUGAAUACUAUCAAUCAUUGGUGUGUAAAAAUAAUAAACAAAUUGGAGAAGAAAUUGCUCGACUAGAAUUUGCAGCAGAGAUGUUUAAGGUUGCACAAACAAAAUCAAAUAGAUUAACAUUGUUCGAGGAUUAUUAUAACAAAACCCUUCAAAACUUAACAGAAGUUAAAAGAGAUAAUGAUUUUAUUUAUCAUGAACGAAUUCCUGAUUUCAAAAGUUUAUCACCUGUCAGUAAAGCACAUGUUGCUAAAUUACUACCUUUACCUGAAAAAUUCAGCUCACAGUUUCAAGAUAUUUUUGCUGACUUACUACCAAUGGUUGUCCAUAAUGCAAUUUCAAAUUAUGAAUCUCGAAAAUCAGACUUGGUUAAUUGUGAAAUUGCUAAACUGCGCAAUUUACGGCAACUUUUGAAUGGAACAUUAGCAAGUUUAAAUUUGCCUGCAGCGAUUGAGGAUUUAAGUGGAACUGAACUUCCUCAGUCUUUAAUAGAUAAGGCGACUUUUAUUCAUGAAGCUGGUGGUAUAAAAACUUUAGAAAAAACGAUGAAUGAACUUCCAGAAUUACUACAAAGAAAUAAGGAUAUACUGGAUGAGGCUGAAAGGAUGUUAUCUGAAGAAGAAGAUUCUGACAAUCACUUACGAUUGCAAUUUAAAGAACGUUGGACCAGAUUACCAAGUGGAAGACUAACGGAACAAUUUAAGAUAAACUCCCAAAAAUAUCGUGGGAUUAUUAACAACGCUAUUAGUGCAGAUAAGGUUGUUCGAGAAAAAUUUGAGGCUCAUCGACAAUCAGUUCAAAUUCUGAGUAUGGAACCAAAAAUGAUUGCUAACACUAUACCUACUGGUUCUGCAAUUCAAGAAAGUCACGUAGUUAUAGAGUUACGCAAUCUAAUGAAGGAGGCAGAGACCUUAACAAUAGAACAAGAUUCUAUAGAAUGCGAAUUACAAUCUGUAAACGUCGAUAUGCAAGGCUUAUUUUUAUCUGCUUUAAUUAAAGAUGGAGUUAUUGAUGAAAAUAAUUUAAUCACAGAGAAUCUUAAUAUUGCUUACGGUUUAUUACAAAACAAAAUUCUGGAAAUAGCUUCGCGCCAAGAAAAGCUCAUUGAAGCUAUUCAGUCAAAGCACAUGGAAUUCUCUAAAGAACAAUCUUCUAGUGGGAGUAGUCGUGAACAAAUGCUUUGUAAAUUGGCCUUGGCUUAUGAUGCUUUCAAGGAGAUAAAAAAUAAUUUACAGGAAGGCGUAAAAUUCUACAAUGAUUUAACCCAGCUGCUGAUUAUAUUCCAAAAUAAAGUCUCAGAUUUUUGUUUUGCUCGAAAAACAGAAAAAGAAGAAAUACUAAAAGAUUUAACAAGUAAUUUAAGCCAAACUGAUGCUUCUGAUUCACUGCAUAUUCCAAGCCAUCAUAAAGACAAAGCAAGAAUUCAAGUGUCAUCGUAUUUACCUUAUCCAACGCAUGAUCAAGGUAUGCCAAUCCCAUAUGGAGUACAGACUUCAGCACCAUAUCCGAAUUACAUGCCGCCUCCAUUACCAACAACUUUUAACCCGUAUGCAACAAUGGCUUUUCCGACCCAAGAUUUCAACAUGCCUUUUUUUACAAUCGAAUUUGCAAAUAGUUCUGGAAGCUGUUUCUUCAAAGCUGACUCAUUGGAUGAUAUUAUAACAGGGACUAGAGAAAAAUUGGAACUGCCCAAUGCUGACUAUAAGGUCGUACUGGAAGAUAAGAAAACUAAAGUUGACGAUGAUUUCAUAGAGUAUGCAUCUCAAAAUCCAAAAGAGAUAAUGAAGCUUUUUAUGAUGACUCAUGAUGAAUCUCAUAAUAUUAACAAUAAUACGAAGGACAAAGAAAGUAUUGCACCGUCCGAUGAAGCACAGACAUCUACGUUGAACAGUACUGCUACUUCAAGCAAACAAUUAAAUUUACAAAGUGGAGUUUGGAAUAAAGUAUGCCCUGAUCUUAUGGACAAAAUUUUAAAAGGAGAGAUGAUAGAAUUUACUGAAAAACAACAAAUAGUGAAAAAAAUUGCUAAAUAUAUGGUUUACUUAAAAGAUACCAAAAGAGGCACAGCUCAAAAAAUCGCAGAGAUAAUUUGUAAGACGUAUCCACGUACAUUUGCAGACAAAAUCGAAGGGGUUGAAUGGAAUGAUGGAAUAGCUACACUGAGGACAUCGAUUUUAAAUUGUGCGAACUAUAAAACAGGCACCAAAAAAAGAAAAGCUAAUAUGGAUAAUGAUGAAGAUGAAAAUGAAGUGCGGAGAAGAGAGCGUGAUAAUCCUAGGAAUCAAGACGAAUACGGUUGUACGCAGUACGCCCCUGACCUUCCGUCAGACGAAAAUAUUAAGAGUCAAGAAGAAAGACGUCUUAAAUUGAUAGAUCUUAUAGCGUUAACAUGUAAUGUAAUAGUCUAGGUUACAUAAUUAUAU